AGGAGAAAAGGGUAUACUCUGCCGGCAGUAUUUUUGUUUUUAGCGAAGCAUUUCAUUUUUUGUGAAGAAAAAGAAGAACAAUGGCUUUGAACAAAUUGCCAAUCAAUGCUUUGGAUUUAAAGAAUCAGAGGAUUUUAAUGCGAGUUGACUUCAAUGUUCCUUUGAAAGAUGGGAAAAUCACUAACACUCAAAGAAUUGUAGCAGCUUUGCCUACAGUAAAACAUGCUUUGGAGAAGGGAGCUAAAAGUGUUGUUUUGAUGAGUCAUCUUGGACGUCCUGAUGGUCGUCACCAGGAAAAAUACUCACUGGCUCCUGUUGCAGAGCAGCUAAAAACUCUACUCGGCAGGGAUGUCAAGUUCUUGUCGGAUUGUGUCGGUGCAGACGUGGAGGCCGCAUGCGCAGACCCUGCCCCAGGAUCAGUCAUCCUACUGGAGAAUCUGCGAUUCCAUGUGGAAGAAGAGGGCAAGGGCGUGGAUAAGGAAGGUGCUAAGGUGAAGGCUGGAAAGGAGGCUGUCGAUGCAUUUAGGGCCUCACUGUCUAAACUCGGAGAUAUUUAUGUAAACGAUGCUUUCGGCACUGCCCAUAGAGCACACAGUUCUAUGGUAGGUUGCCAGCUGUCAAAGAGAGCUUCAGGAUUUCUCCUUGCAAAAGAGCUCACCUAUUUCUCCAAGGCACUGGACAAUCCUGAAAGACCUUUCCUGGCCAUUCUUGGAGGGGCAAAGGUGGCAGACAAGCUCCAGCUGAUUGAGAAUAUGUUGGACAAGGUCAAUGAGAUGAUUGUGGGUGGUGGUAUGGCCUUCACCUUCCUCAAGGUCCUCAAAAACAUGGAGAUUGGGAACUCUCUGUUUGAUGAUGAGGGAUCUAAGAUUAUCCAGAAGCUGAUGGAUAAGGCGGCGGCCAAAGGUGUGAAGAUCCACCUCCCCGUAGACUUUGUGACGGGCGACAAGUUUGCAGAGGAUGCAGCCAUUGGUCAGGCUACUGUCGACACUGGAAUCCCUUCAGGACAUAUGGGGCUGGACAUAGGAGAAAAGUCGUCUAAAGAUUUCACUGAAGUUAUAGGAAGAGCUAAAACUAUCGUCUGGAACGGUCCCCCAGGUGUGUUUGAGUUCCCUAACUUCGCUGCCGGGACAAAAGCUGUUAUGGACGCGGUGGUGAAGGUAACAACAAGUGGGGCCACAACCAUCAUUGGUGGUGGCGACACAGCUACAUGUGCAGCCAAGUACGGUACGGAGGCCAAGGUCAGCCACGUCAGCACUGGAGGUGGAGCCAGUCUCGAACUGUUGGAAGGUAAAAACCUACCAGGUGUUGCUGCCCUAUCAGAUGCCUAGACUUCCUCUGUCCCUGUGUACAUUGAACUUUGACCUCUACAUGAUGAGAUUUGGCAAAACUUAGAAGCUAUACCAAGUGUAAGGUGGGAGAAAACUGCAAUGUUCUAUAGGUCGUCUAUUGGCCUAGUUGCUGCACUUUCCUGUGUUUGUGGUGGAUAUUGGACACUUCAAGAUGCUUGCAGACCUGGAGGUAUUAACCUCCAAAC